AUGGCAAUGACAGCUCGUUUAAGAUCUGGCCUUCCUCUCCUCCGCCGGGCCCUCAACGCCGGCAACCUCUUCGCUGCCGAGAGAUCCGUAGCUUCAGUGGCCGCCGUCUGCCCGAUUGUCUCCAAGCCGGAGUUCGCAAGGAGUUACGCGAGUAGUCCUCCUGCAAAUCAGCAGAAAGUCAAGGUUCCUUUGAAAUUGUACGGCGUUUCUGGGAACUAUGCCACAGCUUUGUACAUUGCAGCAGUUAAAGCCAAUGUGCUUGAUAAGGUUGAGUCCGAGCUGCAUACGUUAAUCCAGGCGUCCAAGAAAAGCCCAACCUUUUCUCAAUUCAUGAAGGAUUUAUCAGUUACUGCAGAUACAAGGGUGAAAGCUAUAAAGGACAUUUGCGCUGAAACUAAAUUUUCGGAAAUCACAAAGAACUUCUUGGUUGUUGUAGCCGAAUCUGGGAGGCUGGGGCACUUAGAACGUAUAGAACAGAGAUUUUCUGAACUGACUAUGGCACAUAGAGGAGAAGUUAAAGCUACAGUGACCACUGUGAUUCCGUUACCACCAGAAGAGGAGAAAGAGCUGAAGGAAACACUGCAGCAUAUACUUGGACAAGGCACAAAAGUUAAAGUUGAGCAGAAAAUUUUAGAGCUUUCUUCGUCCAUUAAAAUCGACCACUCCCAAACUUCAAAUCGCUCGAAGAUCCCAUCUUUGUAUCGCCAUAUCUCAGCCUUCAUCAUUCAUCGCCUCCAUAAUCCUUCAGCCUGUCGCGCCUAUCCCCUCGGUUCGGCCAACCUGCAGACGCCGUACGACCGCCGUGGGGAUCCAGUGAGCAAUGGCGUUUUCAGCGGAAACGAAGAAAUUUAG